AUGUCAGGGGCUGGCAAGACUUCCGGUGAGGACGGAGAGCUGCUCCGGAGCGCGAGCGGGAUCUAUACCCGACCACAGUAUAGAUUCUAUAGGAAUUGUGGAAUCUCUAAAGAUGAAUGUGGCCAAGGGUGGUUAUCGUGUAUUUUCGGCCAAUUCCAAUGCAGCCUGUACCGAACUAGCCAAACGCAUCACAGAACGUCUUGGAGUUGAACUUGGCAAAGCUGUGGUGUACCAGGAACCAAACCGGGAAACCCGUGUGGAGAUAAAAGAAUCGGUUCGUGGACAGGAUAUUUUCAUCAUACAGACCAUCUCCAGAGAUGUUAAUACGGCUGUAAUGGAACUGCUGGUCAUGGCCUAUGCCUGCAAAACAUCAUGUGCUCGGAACAUCAUUGGUGUAAUUCCAUACUUCCCCUACAGCAAGCAGUGCAAGAUGAGGAAAAGGGGCUCGAUUGUGUGUAAACUACUUGCAUGCAUGCUAGCUAAAGCAGGUUUAACCCACAUCAUCACCAUGGACUUGCAUCAGAAGGAGAUCCAGGGCUUCUUCAACAUUCCUGUUGACAAUCUUCGAGCAUCACCGUUCCUCCUGCAGUACAUCCAGGACGAGAUUCACGAUUAUAGAAAUGCAAUUAUUGUUGCCAAGUCACCAGCAGCUGCCAAGAGAGCACAAUCUUAUGCAGAGCGAUUACGCCUGGGACUGGCAGUAAUCCAUGGAGAAGCUCAGUAUGCAGAAUAUGAUCUGGUGGAUGGUCGUCACUCCCCUCCAGCUGUGAAGAACACAACAAUACAUUCUGGCUUGGAGUUACCAUCUAUACAUAGGCUGCAAGUCCCGUUUCCUGGCAUUGAGCUUCCAAUGAUGAUGCCAAAAGAAAAGCCGCCUAUCACAGUAGUUGGAGAUGUUGGUGGAAGAAUAGCCAUCAUUGUGGAUGAUAUUAUCGAUGACGUUGAUGGUUUUGUAGCAGCUGCUGAGAUUCUGAAGGAGCGGGGUGCAUAUAAAAUAUAUGUCAUGGCUACUCAUGGUCUUCUUUCUGCUGAUGCCCCUUGUUUGAUUGAGGAGUCAGCCAUUAAUGAGGUGGUUGUAACCAAUACCAUCCCUCACGAAGUUCAGAAACUGCAGUGUCCCAAGAUCAAAACUGUCGAUGUCAGUAUGAUACUGUCUGAAGCCAUUCGUCGCAUCCACAACGGGGAAUCCAUGUCGUACCUGUUUCGCAACAUCACCGUUGAUGACUAGCUUUUUCUGGGUCCCCUCUCUGAAGCUAAAACGUAUGUAGCAGACAGUAAUGCAAUUGCAUUAUAGUACUGCCUGGAACAGCUGUAAUUGCUAAGUGCACAGUCUGUUCUGUGCCUCCAGUGGCUGAGUAUUUCUGUCUGUGAAAAAUAUUGUUGUGCGAGAACACAAGGGAUGUCCUGCAUUCAAAUCAACAUUUUAAAUAGUUACUGUAUUGUCAUUUCAUUCUGUAGAUAAAGAUUGUACAGUCUGUUGAAAAUUGCUGCUUGAUGGCUGUUUUAAUGCUGUAUAUUAUCAAUAAACUCCAUGCAAUUUGGUAACUCAA